AGAGCUGGGGUGGCUCUGAGGCCCAGCCCCCUGCUCCCCUCCCUUCCCCCAGGUAUAAGAGCCCAGCUGAGGUGAGCUGGCUCCUCCCGUCCAGUCUCAGCGGCUGCCAGCAGGCAGAUCAUGAUCCAUCUGUUCUGCCGGCUCAGGCUCUAGGACGACGAGACUCACCAAGGGACCAAGUGCUCCGGGCACCAUGGGACAGUGUCGGUCAGCCAAUGCUGAGGACGCCCAGGAGUUCAGUGAGGUGGAGAGGGCCAUCGAGACCCUCAUCAAGAACUUCCACCAGUACUCGGUGGAGGGCGGGAAGGAGACACUGACCUCCUCCGAGCUGCGGGACCUGGUUACCCAGCAGCUGCCACACCUCAUGCCGAGCAACUGUGGGCUGGAAGAGAAAAUCGCCAACCUGGGCAACUGCAACGACUCUAGACUGGAGUUCGGGAGCUUCUGGGAGCUAAUCGGAGAAGCGGCCAGGAGCGUGAAGCUGGAGAGCCCUGUCCCAAGGAGCUGAGGACUUCUCCCUGGAAUCUCUUAAGGGGGGAUACGGGGGAAAGGGGACCUUCAAGACGGUGGGCCUGGAAAUCAAACUUCUCUCCAUCACCCCCACCCUGUUCCCCAGCCUGUACCUUUCCUCAUCCCUGCCAAGUUCAGGUUCACAAUAGCCCUCUCCAGGGUCUCUGAAUACCUCCUUCCCGUGCUCUGUGGAGAUGGCGGGACCCAGAGACCCCGCCGGGGAGGGGGGAAGCUCAGGGAGCAGGUGGGGACCAGGGAGGACAGGGAGGGGUAACAGUGGUGGAAGGGCGGAGUGAUUUGAUCGUGGGGAAAGGGCAGAGGAGCUGGGCUAUGGGAAAUGAUUUGAAGAAGGGAGCUGGGGAUAUGGCUGGAUAGGGUACCCAAAAGGAUGUCUGAGAACCUACCCCUCUCCAUCUCCAAACGAAAUUAUAGCUGUCUGUCCCAGGCUAUCCCUUCCGGCCUCCAGCCCUGCCCCACCCUCCUCCCAAGACUCUGUCCCAGGGCUAGGGCCGGGGAGGAGGGAGAGCUUGAGGAAGAGGCUGGGAGGGUGUGACUGUGGGGAGAGGAGCCGCUGGUGCGUGGGCAUUUACAGAAUGAGGGUUGUUUUGUAUCAUUUGAUUAAUAAAAAAAUGGAAA